UUAAAAUAGCGUCCGAUGAUUGGCCGGAUCUCGUUCUACAGAUUUCACCGAUUUCACGGCCUCGUUGAAAAGCGUGGAAAGGUGAAGAGGAACAAACCCGAACUUUUUAUUAUCGUCCACGACAGGUUAUUUUCGUUGGCAGAGCUUUGCACCUUACCGAAUUCUCUAUCCGGUUCGCCGUAGAAAAAUUGGACAGGUUUUGGCGGUGAAUUGGCAAACUGUGCUCGUGAAAAAUCCUGCCUUCCGGAACGUUCCGAGAAAUAGCAGGAAUAAUUCGAGUCGGCUGCGAAGGAUCUGCGCAGAAAAAGCGUCAGGGUAGUAAUCGGGAUUUUCUUUAGUUAUAACUGAUUGUCAGCGAGUUUAAUCGCGUAUUAUGUCCCACCAAGACAUGGCAUCAAUUGCUGUGCGAAAACGCACGACUAAACCACCUGGGAUGAAACCACAACAGAUUGUGAAUGCCGCUCGACGACAAGGAGUCACUGUCGAGACACAAGUCAAGUGGGGUGGCGGAGCAAACAAACAACACGUCACUACCAAAAACACUGCCAAAUUAGAUCGGGAAACCGAGGAGUUGAAACACGAUAAGAUUCCCCUCGAUCUGGGAAAGCUUAUCCAGCAAGGAAGGCAGGGUAAAGGCAUGUCGCAAAAAGAUCUUGCUACGAAAGUCAACGAAAAGGCACAAGUGAUUAACGACUACGAAGCAGGUAGAGGAAUCCCUAACCAGAUGGUCAUUGGUAAGAUCGAACGUGUCCUGGGAAUAAAACUGCGUGGAAAGGAUCGUGGUAAACCACUAUUGCCUCCAGGUGCAAAGAAAUAAAUCUCGGACAAUCUGAAGAACCUAACGUUUACUGCGUGCUGUAUGAAAAA